AAGAAUUAGUUUGUUGAUCUUUACCGGCCAGGGAUGAACAGCAUAAUUACAGUGCUGGUGUUUGAGAGUUACCUUGUUGGUUAUUACCUGCCUCUAUCUCCAGGAAUUUAGCCCCAUAUCAUAGAAGUAAACCACGAAGUUGGGCACUGGAUUUUUCUGGUUCUUUUGCAGACAAAAAAGCUCCUGAAAGUCGCUCAUUAUCAACAGUACUCUUUUGUAUCUUUGACUACCCAAGCAGCACUCUGCUUUUCUUAUAGAUUUUUGAACUUUGAGACGGUGAAAAAUCCCAUGGGAAGAGUUCAGAGUAACUGGGCAGGCAUGCAGUUUCCCCCAGACCCACAAAUUCAAAGACCACGAACCCCAAAGAGGAAUCAAAGAAUGGCCAACUUCAUGUUGAUCUUGUUUUCUUUGGCAGUCCUACCAGCCAUGCGAGGAGUUGUGGCUGUUGAAUUCACUGUCUCCAACAACGCCGCUGGCACCACCGGUGGUGCCAGGUUUGAAAGAGAUAUUGGAGCACAAUACACAUUGCAGACCAUGAAUGUUUCCACGGAGUUCAUCUGGAGGACUUUCCAGCAGAACGUUCCAUCUGAUAGGAAAACUCUGCAGAAAGUGAGCUUAUUUGUCGAUGACAUGGAUGGGGUGGCCUAUACUGUCAACGAUCAGAUUCAUGUCAGUGCCAGGUAUAUUCAGGGCUACUCCGGCGACGUGAAAAGAGAGUUCACCGGCGUCCUAUACCACGAGAUGACCCAUGUCUGGCAGUGGAGUGGCAACGGGCAGGCACCAGGGGGUCUGAUAGAAGGGAUUGCCGACUUUGUGAGGCUCAAGGCUGGCUAUGCCCCAAGCCACUGGGUUAAGCCCGGCCAAGGUGACCGGUGGGAUCAAGGCUACGAUGUUACAGCUAGGUUUCUGGAUUACUGCAAUGGCCUGAGAAGCGGAUUUGUUGCUGAACUAAACAAGAAGAUGAAGAGUGGUUAUAGCAAUAAUUACUUUGUGGAGUUGUUGGGUAAGACUGUGGAUCAGCUCUGGAAGGACUACAAAGCUAAAUAUGGUACUGCUAAAUGAUGACUAGAUACAGUUUUAUUGCUAAUAACUAAGAUGUAUCAAAUAAUAUAUUUCUGUCCCUUCAGUAGAAUUAUAAAGAAUGGUUCAAGUUGGACAGCUACAGAAGGACUGUAUUUGGUGUUUCUUGACAUUAAUAAAUAAAGUUCAACUUGGCUCGAUUAUAGAAUAGUAAA